AUGUUGAGAGUAUCAGGGCAGCUGAAAGACAGAGAGACAUGUGAAAGAGCAUUCAGUGAGAAGUGGAGGCUGAACAAACACCAGAAAACACACACAGAGGGAAAACUGUACAAGUGUGAGAAGUGUGGAAAAGCCUAUAAGCAGAAGCCAAAUCUCAUUCAACCAGAAAAACCCUAUACAUGUAAGAUAUGUGGGAAAGCCUUUUCCUGGAAAUCAACCCACAUUAAUCAUGAGAAAAUUCAUAAUGCUAAGAAAGCCUAUGAGUGUAAUGCAUGUGGGAAAUUCUUCAAGCAGAAUUCAACUCUCAAUCAACAUAAAAAAGUUCACACUGGACACAAGCCUUAUAGAUGUAAUGACUGUGCAAAAGCUUUCAUUUACAAAUCAGAUCUUGUGAAACCGAGAACACACACAGGAGAGAAACCCUAUAAAUGUAGCCUAUGUGAGAAGGUCUUCUCCCAGAAAUCAAAUGUGACUGAUCAUGAGAAAAUUCAUGCUGGGGAGAGAGUGUAUGAGUGUAACCAAUGUAGCAAAAACUUUAUCCAGAAGAAAAACCUCAUUCAACAUUAAAAAGUCCAUACUGGAAAAAAAUCUUAUGAGUGUAAUAGAUAUGGGAAAGCUUUCUUUCGGAAACCAAACUUUUAUAUACAUCAGAAAAUUCACAGUGGAGAGAGGGCUUUUGGAUGUAAUGAAUGUGGAAAAUCCUUCAGUCAGAAGCAAGAUCUCAGUUUGCAUGAGAAAACCCACACUGGACAAAAACCUUAUGAAUGUUCUGAAUUUGAGAAAGUAUUUGCUGACAAAUUGUAUUUUGUUAGACACUAGAAAAGAAUUCACAGCAGAUAG